AUGACUAGCCCUGAUCAUAAGCACUCCAUAGACAGCGAAGCACUCUGGGCCCACAUCAGAGCCCCCGAGUUCAUGCCGGAGGAUCCCAAAGCAUUCCUGGCACUUCUGGAACCGCGAUUCUAUCACAGGGUAACUGUUUCGUUACCACAAGCUGUUGCCCGCGAUCCCACUGGACAUGCUUAUCAACUUCAGGGAUAUUUACAUGAAUAUCCGUGCGCACAACCCGUACGAAAUGCUCGAAGAGGCACUCCUCUGUUGUAG